AAAUUUAUACAAUCGAUGGUACAUUCCGAGGGAGGUGUUUGGUUCUAUGUUCUUUCAGCGGCUCUACGAGAGUUGCGUCCCCGGUUAUACUCGGCGAGCUGCUCGGCUAACGGCUACCAUCAAUGGCGUCCACGGAGAUAGCGAGGCAAGCGGGAGAAGGUGCCCGUGCCGUACCUCUCGCCGGCCAUGUUGGCUUUGACAGCAUGCCUGACCAGCUGGUCAACAAAUCUGUCAAUCACGGAUUUUGCUUCAACAUCCUCUGCGUCGGUGAGACGGGUCUGGGCAAGUCCACUCUGAUGGACACAUUGUUCAACACCAAGUUUGAGGGCGAUCCCACACAGCACAACCAGCCUGGAGUGACGCUCAAGUCCAACACCUACGAGCUGCAGGAGAGCAACGUGCGCCUCAAGCUCACCGUCGUUAACACCGUGGGCUUCGGGGACCAGAUUAAUAAGGAAGACAGUUACAAGUCCAUUGUAGAGUUCAUCGAUGCCCAGUUUGAAGUGUAUCUUCAAGAGGAGCUGAAGAUCAAGCGAACACUACACAGUUACCAUGACACCCGCAUCCACGCAUGUCUCUACUUCAUUGCUCCCACGGGACACUCGCUCAAAUCCCUUGACUUGGUGACCAUGAAGAAGCUUGACAGCAAGGUAAACAUUAUCCCAAUUGUUGCCAAGUCGGACGCCAUCUCCAAGAGCGAGCUGACCAAGUUCAAGAUCAAAAUCACCAGCGAGCUUGUCAGCAACGGUGUCCAGAUCUACCAGUUCCCCACCGACGACGAGUCUGUUGCCGAGAUCAACUCCACCAUGAACAGCCACUUGCCGUUUGCAGUGGUGGGCAGCACGGAGGAGGUGAAGAUUGGGAACAAGAUGGCGAAGGCCCGCCAGUAUCCCUGGGGCACAGUGCAGGUGGAAAAUGAGAAUCACUGUGACUUUAUCAAACUGCGAGAGAUGCUGAUCCGAGUGAACAUGGAGGACCUGAGAGAGCAGACGCACACGCGCCACUAUGAGCUGUACCGCCGCUGCAAGCUGGAGGAGAUGGGCUUCAAGGACACGGACCCCGACAGCAAGCCUUUCAGCUUACAGGAAACCUAUGAAGCCAAGAGAAACGAGUUCAUGGGUGAGCUGCAGAAGAAGGAAGAAGAAAUGCGGCAAAUGUUCGUUCAAAGAGUCAAAGAGAAGGAGGCGGAGUUGAAAGAAGCAGAGAAAGAGCUGCACGAGAAGUUUGACCGCCUGAAGAAGCUGCACCAGGACGAGAAAAAGAAACUGGAGGAGAAGAAGAAGUCUCUGGACGAUGAGCUCAACACGUUCAAACAGAAAAAGACGGCAGCCGAGCUCUUGCUGAAUCAGGCCCAGCAGGCAGGGGGGGGCUCCACCACACUCAAGAGGGACAAAGAGAAGAAGAAAGAAGGAUUCCUGUAGAAAAGCGACCCCUUGUGGCCACGUUGCUGUGAAUGAUCAUCCCUUACUAUUUCCCCUACACCCAGUUCCCAAAAUGUGCAAGCGUUUUCUCAGCUGGACUUUUUUUUUUUUUUUAAACAUAUAUAUGCUGGAUGAUGCUUUGUCUAACACCCACAUGGUUUUCUGGACAGGCCUGUAUUUUUGUUUCUUUUACACGCAAAAAAUACAUUCCAUGCUUUUUUCCUAUGUAGUGACUCUCCUGCAUGGUGUUUAGAGUGUGCUUUAUUUUAUUCCAUAUUAACACACAACAACAUGACUACUGUUGUGAUGGGCAGAAAUCUACCGCAGCUAAAGCGAAACACGCGUCACACGCUGGGGAUGUGAAAAGGAGGAUAAACGCGGUCAAGAUCACAAAUAAAUUAGUUUUUUUAAAGGUAGCUUGUGGAUUGUAAAGUAAUAUUUUGGUGUGGUGAGUCUGUAGCAGUGGGGAAGUGUUACUCCCAAUUAUAUUUAAUGGUUAUGGUAGAAAGAAUAUGUACUGUACUGUAAAUGCAUCACAAUUGUUUUGUCUUUUGAAGUAUUGGGGCAACGCUGAAAAGCAAAAGUUAUAUUAGGAAAAUAUGUAUUUUUUUUUUUUUUUUACUUAACAGGAAUUUAGUUUAUCUUAGAGUAAUUGUUGACAUUACAACUUUAUUCUUACAAAAUCAGACUUUUUUUCUUGUAAAAUUACAACUUUUUGUCUCUGAUAACUUUAUACUCUUAGAAUUAUUACUUUUUUUCUCGAAAAAAUUACAACUUCAUUCUAUUAUGGUAAUGGUUAUAUUUUAUUUGAACAUGCACACAAGUUCCAGAGCAAUACAUCACAAAAUACAAUCCAGUUAUUAUUAUUAAAAUAAAACCUUUUCUCGUCUUUUGUUUUUUUCCACUCUUGCAAAAUAUGACAGUUUUGUUAAAUGUUGACUUUUUUCUCAUAAUAUUUAGACUCUACUGUCAUAUUAUUACAAUUUCUUCUCGCACAGUUAUGACUUUAUUCUUAUACAUUUUUAUUCUGCUAAACUAUUUUCUUUUUACAAUCAGAUUGUCUUGUAUUAUUGCGCCGUCAUUCUCCUCAUAUUUCCACGUUUACAACUCUUCUUUGUAAUAUUAUGACUUUAUAUCUUCACAAUUCCAGUUAUUUUCCUCGUAAUAGUGCAAAUUUAUUCUUAGAAAAUUACAACUUUUUUUCUCAUACCAUUCAGAUAUUUUCAUAUCAUUAGGACUUUUUGUCACUCGCAAAAUAACAGAAUUCAUCUCAUAGAAUUAGGACAUAUCUCCUCGUAAUGUUACAAUUUUCUUUUCGGUGUAGCCUCAAAAGGGCUUUCUUAUGAGGGGCAUUUACAUUACAGUGCUCUGAGCUAAACGUCAACUCGGAGAAAACUAGCUAUAAACAUUUGAAAAAGUACAAAAAUAUCCUCACCAAUGCAAACUUUUAUACUUUUUUAAAUGUCCUAUUUCAUGUCCCAAUCAGCUGACAGUUUGGCUUAGCCAUUAUCUCUUUACUGCUUCUUCCCAUACCUCAUGUUUUUUUAUACUAUUUUUUUGUAUUAGUGAGUCACAUUUGCACUUUUUUUUUUAAUAAAUGGAAAAAAAGAAACACACAAAUGUUAUGUUAUGUAUGUAUGUUUGGUUUUGUUUCUAUGAGUUUAUGAUGGCACAUUAGUUUGUACCUGUUGUUUUUUUUUUAAGGAAAAAGAUUUACUCAAAUGGUAAAUAAAAGCUUUUUUUUUAAUUUUUUUAUUAUUUUUUUUUUUACAUUUUACAUACAUUUUCUGGCGUUUUUCCAGCAGAGGUGCUUUGUGGUUGGUGGUUUUACUGGUUUGUGUGUAUUUCCUUUGCAGUUCUCCCUGGCUCUGCCAGUAAGGGACCGUCCUCAAAUUCCGGCACCCUCCUGCGUCCCGUUUUAAAAUUCCCCCUUUUUGCUUCCUCUUCUGUUGCUGUCUCUAACGCAUUGUCCACUUUGAUGUAGUGUUGGAGGCAAUCACAUGCAUUCUAACCACACUUUUCUCCUCCUUACGCCACAUUUGUGCUCCUCUAACAGCGACACCUCUUUUGUCUCUUCUCUCUUUAGCUUCUUUUAAUGUGUCUUGACCAUCUGAAGAGGGGGGAUGGCAGCUUCAGCAAACAACUUGGCAUCCUUUAUCUCUUCUUUUUUUUUUCCCCCCCUCCGCUGUGUAUUUUCUUCUGCUCUCCCAUCGCAUCAUCUCCUUUUGUUAAACAUGAGCUUAAAUAUGGACUCGCAUGGUGUCUCCAGUCUUAAUCUAAUAAAAACGGGGACCCCUGGAAAAUCAUCACAGGUUUGCACAUUAAAUUUUAAUUACCAGAGAGCAACUUUACAAAAAAAGGACAGGUGUACACUGUGUAAUAAUAGUCACACAAUUGAAGCAGUCAUGACUAUGCCAAAGCAAUACAUUACAAAUAAUAGUAAUAGCACUUGAUUUAAUGGUGCCCAUAUUUACAGUACAUACCAUGGAGGUGUCCUGUUUCCGUUAACACGUCGUGCUUUAAUAUUCCACCAGCCUAUUCUAUAUUCAGCAUGCUUCUUUUUAUUUCCAUAAUGCUGUGAUCUAGACCUUUUAUCUGCUUGUUUUUCCAUGCCCUUAAAUAACCUGCGGUCUCUUCAAGCUGUUUCUCCCCAAAUUGUGAAUUAUGAAAAUCAUACAUUUGUUCCAGCACCCUUAUUUUGCCAAAUAUUAGUAUAAGUUAGAGUUGAGGUGAACCCCAGAUAGGAGUAUUUAAAAAAAAAACAAUAAAACAUCAAAAAAAGAAGCAUACCCAUGCAUUUAUAUAAUUUAUAAGGAUAUAUUUUGUGUAUUGAAGUGCAUUGAAGACUUGUUGUUUGUUACCUAUGCUCAAGUAAGAUUUCAGUGUCCAGAAGCAUUUUUCUAGUGUCCGUCAUUGUCAGAAAACCCUCCCACACAACAAAUGAUUCAAUAUCUCGCUUAAGUUGACUCCCAUUCAUGUACAUUUUCAAUUAAAAAAAAUCUAUGAUUCAAACAUAUUCAU